AUGACACUAGAGUCUGAUUCCCUUUGGAGAGAGAAGAAGUUGCUUCAAGAGUUGGAGGGCUGCCCCUUCAUGGUCCGUUGCCCCGGGAAAGACGUCACCACCGAAAAGGGUCAAACGCUCUACAACUUACUUCUCGAGUAUGCCUCCGGAGGAUCUCUGGCCGAUUGCAUCCACAGCUGCGGCCUUCCUGAGAAAAUCAGAUGGAAAUCAGAAGAAGAUGAGUGCGGUCUUCGGGGCACUCCUGCGUACGCUGCACCCGAGCCGGUACACAAGCACAAGUACCUGCCGGAGUCGGACGUUUGGGCCUUGGGAUGCUCCAUUGUUCACAUGUUGACGGGCAGACAACCUUGGUUACCCGAAAAGGAAAAGGAUGUUAUGUUUGAGGUUGACUUUAGGGAUGUGAUUCUCGAGAUUCCAAACAACAUUAAGAUUUCAAGAGUGGCCAAGGAUUUUCUCAACAAGUGUUUGAUUAAGGAUCCGACAGCCAGAUGGAAGGCCGAUAUGCUUCUAAAUCACCCUUUCCUUCAAAAUGUUGACGAUCACACACCAAAAGGUCGACACAGAUUGUCUCACCGGAUUUACUCAUUGGUGCCGCAGUGUUUUCAAGUUGAGGCCCGUGGAUGA